AGGGGUCUAAUCGUGAAAGCGAAGACGUUUGAUUCCGGCACCUCGACACAAGCAAUCCACGCGGCGGCCGCCAACGCCGCCGCCGUCAUCCCCAUGGUUUUCCAAUUUCCAUGCUCGGUUCCCAGCCGGCGAUUCCAUUUCAGUGUCCUUCCUCCUCUCGAGACCUUGCCCCAUCCCAGCCCAACGCUCGGUCGAUCAACUGAUUAGCUUGGCGGUGUAACCCUGUCGUGGGCGAUGAGCUCCUCGCCGGUGACCACCGCCGCCGCGUCGGCGGCCGUGGUGGCGCUGGCCGUCGCCAACCGCGUGCUCUACAAGCUCGCGCUCGUGCCGCUCAAGGCGUACCCUUUCUUCCUGGCCCAGCUCACCACCUUCGGAUACGUCGCCGUCUACUUCUCCAUACUCUACGCGAGGUGCCGCUCGGGGGUGGUGACUAGAGACAUGCUGGCGCUCCCCAAGCACCGGUUCGUCGCGAUCGGUUUGCUGGAGGCACUUGGAGUCGCUUCUGGCAUGUCUGCUGGAGCUAUGCUACCAGGGCCUGCUAUUCCUAUACUGUCCCAGUCAUUCUUGGUGUGGCAGCUUAUAUUCUCUGCCCUGCUUUUAGGGAGGACGUAUUCAGCCAGACAAAUCAUUGGUUGCUUCCUAGUAAUUUCUGGCGUGAUUCUUGCGGUUGCAAGUGGGGCGAAUGAGGGCCAGCUUCUUUCAGAAGUCAAGUUAAUUUGGCCAGCAUUGAUGAUCGCUUCAUCAGCAUUUCAAGCUGGUGCAUCUAUUCUGAAGGAAGCUGUUUUCAUUGAUGGUGCAAAACGUCUUAAGGGGAAGCGACCGGACAUCUUUGUAGUCAAUUCAUUUGGAUCUGGAUUUCAGGCUCUUUUUGUCUUUCUUCUUCUUCCAUUUCUUUCUAAUUUGAGGGGAAUUAAGUUUGCUGAGCUUCCUGCUUAUUUAAAUGGUGGUGCUGAGUGCUUCUUAAAUGUUGCAGAAAGUCCAAUUGAUUGUGGAGGAGCUCCAUUCCUGCCUUUGCUGUUUAUAGUGGUGAAUAUGGCAUUCAAUAUCUCACUCCUCAAUUUGGUGAAGAUGUCAUCUGCCCUUGUGGCUUCCCUUACAGCAACAUCAGCAGUGCCAAUAUCAAUCUAUAUUCUUUCACUUCCUUUGCCCUACAUUCCUCAUGGCGCGGAAUUAAGUACGUCUUUCAUCAUUGGUGCUGCGGUAUUGCUGAUGGGCCUGAUUCUGUAUAACCUUCCCCAAUUGUCAUUGAAACAAUCGAAGGCUGAUUGAAGGUAAAGUGACACACUGCCAGAUGACUUAACAGAAAGUUUACUGAUUGAUAUGUUUGUGGUGAAAUUGAUUUCCACACUGAAGUACUUAACUAUACGAAGCAUGUGACACAUUCAGAUUUGUAUUAUGAAUGUUAUCAAAAUGAAGUUUUUCUAUAGCGCAAGCAGUAUGUGUAUGUAGUAGGGACAUUUUUUAUACUUACCCUAUAGUCUGCAAAUGUUAUCUAAAUGUGAGUUCAACGAGCUUGGUGCUUAGAAUGAUGCUUUGAGUUCUAUGAUUACAUUGUGCUAUGAAUCAU